ACGUGCCUAACCUAACUUGAACUCUGCCAUGCUCUUGGUGUAAAUUGUAAAAAAUAAAAAAUUCUGAAAAUUCGCAUAAAAAUUUUUUGUAAUGCGGCACACAAUAGUUUCAAUAGUUUUUUAUCAUUUAGAAAUUAUAAAUAGUUUGUAAAAAAAACGUGAAAAUUAAUUUUACAAUAAUGUCGCGAAUAUUGUUAAGAAAACUUGUGAGGCAAAUCGAUGGUGUUAAAUAUGUCAGUACUUGGUCACCACUUGCUACGGCUUUUAAUUCAAAAGCAACGCCGGAUUUAGAGUUAAAUAACAAAAAUAAAGAAGUAGGAUUGUUUAAUAUACCAGAAUUAAAAGAUGCGGCGGGUUUUGAGAUUCUGAAAAAUUAUGCGAUAUCGCACUCGAAUAAACUUGUCGAGGAGGCGACAAGUCCUGAUCGUACAAGAAAAAUGGUGGAAAUUUUCGAUGAACUUUCAAAUACUUUGUGUCAAGUGGCGGAUAUGGCAGAGUUCAUUAGACUUGCUCAUCCCGACGAUGAUUUUUCACAUCACGCAGAAGAUGCUUGUUUGGCAAUCAGUAGCAUAGUUGAAAAAUUAAACACUAAUCGUAAUUUGUACGAUUCACUGCAACGUGUUUUAAAAAAUGGAGAUAUAGAAAAAACCACAGACAUCGAUAAUCAUGUUGCACAAUUAUUUUCGAUUGACUUCGAACAGAGUGGUAUUCAUUUACCAGAAGAUCAACGACGGGAAGUUGUUGAAUACAACGACUUUAUUUUACAAAUUGGACAGAAAUUCACAGCAACGGCUCUCGCGCCAAGAUCAAUACGCAUAGAUCAAAUACCAACGAUAGCGAGAAAAUACUUUAUUGCCGAAAGAGGUCAAGUCGUGAUCAACGGUCAUUUCGCAGAAUCGCCAAGUUCAUUAAUACGUGAAGUUACUUAUAAAAUAUUUUUACAACCAGAUCGAACGCAAGAACUAUAUUUGAAAGAUCUCUUAAAUUCAAGGCAUAAACUCGCACAAAUUUGCGGUUUUCCUUCCUAUGCACACAGAGCUUUGAAAGGAACUACAAUGGAAACACCGGAAAAUGUGAAGGACUUUCUGAAUAUUUUGAACGAGGAAUUAAGAGACCGAGCUGAGAAGGAUUUUGAAAUUAUGCAAACGAUGAAGGGCCGUAAUUUGAUAACUAAAAUCAUGCCAUGGGACACAACAUAUUUCACGACUCAAGCGAGAAAUUCUUGGUUACAAAUGUCAACGACUGAUUAUUCACCGUAUUUUUCAUUGGGAGCUUGUAUGGAGGGUAUAAAUUUAAUAACACAAGCUUUGUUUGGAGUUCGUUUAGAGGCAGAAGCAACUCAUCAGGGAGAAGUGUGGCACGAUGAUGUCUAUAAAUUGGCUGUGAUUGACGAAACAGAAGGAUCAUUGGGACAUAUUUAUUGUGAUUUAUUUGAGCGUGAAGGAAAACCGAAUCAGGAUUCUCAUUUUACAAUUACUGGGGGGCGACAAUUACCAGAUGGUUCCUAUCAGAAUCCAAUAGUAGUGAUAAUGAUUUCGCUGCCAGUUUCGAGAUGGUCGAAUCCUUGUCUAUUGUCACCGGCGGCAAUGGAAAAUUUAUUUCACGAAAUGGGACACGCUUUGCAUUCGAUGCUUGGUAGAACGAAAUAUCAACACGUAACGGGUACAAGAUGUAGUACAGAUUUUGCCGAAGUCCCCAGCAUUCUCAUGGAGUAUUUUGCCAGUGAUCCUCGAGUAGUAAAAUUAUUUGCUAGACACUUUCAAACACAAGAACAAAUUCCCGAACAAUUGGUGGAAAAAUUAUUCGCCUCAAAAAGUGUCUUUCCAUCGUCGGAAAUGCAAAAUCAAGUAUUCUACAGUAUGUUAGAUCAAGUUUAUCACAGUCAAGAAUUAGAACGUGACACGACCAGUAUUUUGGCUGAUAUUCAAAGGGAUUAUUACACACUUCCUUAUAUUGAAAACACGGCCUGGCAAUUAAGGUUUUCCCAUUUAGUUGGAUAUGGAGCUAAAUAUUAUUCGUAUUUAACGUCAAGGGCAAUUGCAUCGUGGAUUUGGCAAACCUACUUUCAAAAUGAUCCCCUCAGCAGAUCGUCAGGUGAGAAAUAUCGAAGAGAAUGCUUAGCACACGGCGGUGGAAAGCCACCAUCGAAAUUAGUCUCUGAUUUUCUAAAUAAGGAAGCUAGUCCAUCGAAUUUUGCGAAAUCUCUAUUAAAUGAAAUUGAUAUGAGAAACGACAAAGUCCAAGUGAUGAGGAAAAAAUUAAACUCGUAAAUAUUCUCAAAUCAUUUUCAUUGUAAAUAGCAUUAUUAAUAUUAUAUUUUAUAUUUGAUCGUUAGGUAAAGAAUUAUGUGAUUAAAUUAACAAGUUUUUGUUUCAAAAAGAAAACUACAAAAAAAAAGUAAAAUCCAAUUCAGUAAUAAAAUAAUCCAACGGCUUGGGCAAAAGAAAGUUAACAUUAAAAAAUUAAUAGUAUUAAUAUAUUUAUAUUAAUAAAUGAAAGGAAAAGAAAAUUAAAAAAAGAAAAAGAGAACUUUAGAAACCUUAGAAAUGAAAAGAAAUUGCAAAAGAAACA